UUGUUUAUGUUGUAGCUCAAAGUAGUAAAAUGGGGUAAAAUGAAGGGUUUGAAAUGACAAUUUUGUUUUAACAGUUGAUCAGUAUAAGGGAAUGUUCAGUUAAGAAGCUUCUCAAUACACUCACAUCGAUUUAAUCAUAGUGAUUAUAAAUUUAUAUUGAUUUUAUAUGUUGUAAAGGAAAAUGGGAACUAGAGCCGCAGCAUUUACUGCAAAGAUCCGCAAUCUCCAUGACUACCAACUGAGACUGUUGCAUGGCAUAAUGCCAGUUCCAUCAGGGGUUGAUGUUGGAAAUACACUCAAGUAUUUUUCACAGACCUUGUUAACCGUCCUGAAAGAUGUGCCAGGAUCUCCGAUGGAGAUGCUAAAGCAACGAGAGAAGGAUUCUGUACGCAUGGGCCUGUAUCCUAACCUGGAUUACAAGGGCCUCUACAAUGCAUUAGUCCAGAUGGUGGACGUUGUGCCCUUAGUUCAGUACGGGGCACAUGUUUUUGGGCAGUCGAUGGUGCAGUGCAUGUGCUGCAUCCUGGCGUUCCUCGAGAGCGAGAUGCUGGAUGAGCUGCCAUACAUGGUGGCCGCCACGGUGCCGGCCCUCCCCAGCUCGUUGCACCAGGAGAUAGUCAACGCCCUCUGCUUCUACAUCUUGCCUUUCACAAUCACUAGGUACAGUGAUGAAGAUGAAGACAAUUAUGCUAUUCGUUCUGUUCCUGCAAUAAUCAUGAUGGUGUUUCAGUAUUCACAGAAUCCAGCUCACCACUGCCAGCUUCUGGAGAGCCUGAUGACUUACAAGAGGAAUGUUGUGAAGGACCUUCUGUGUGUCAUUGCUUACGGAACGCUUAACGCCAGAGCAUCAGCUGCCAAGCUCCUCUUCUACUAUUGGCCAACUUUCAAUCCCAACUUAUUUGAUCGAAGAGUUGUGCUGCAGAAGUUUACAAAUUUGGUGCCAUUUGUGUGUCAGCGAGACAUGUGUCCCAAUCAAGGGAACACGGAGGCUGCCAAACUGUGCUACGACCACUGCAUCUCCAUAACGUUUGCCAGCGACCGGUCCCCGCCACUCUACCUGUGCAUCGAGUGCGCCAACGAAAUACACAGGGAACACCCCAACCAGAUGUUCUAUGAUAUCUUGCACCCAAUGCAGCAAGUUUCAAUGACAUGUGAGAACAAGAACUGUCGAUCGUCAGACAAGUAUGCCAUUUCAAUAUGUUUCUCUACGGAAUGUGCAAGCUACAAUGGGAAUCAUCCUAUUCGCUAUUGCCAGCAGUGUCACAACAUAAGGCAUAACAACCGACGUGGAGGUGACCACAUCUUCCACAUGUGUCUGCCUCCACUGGGCGAAAUGAAUGCUGAAAUGCAGACGUACAUGGUAGAGUCCGUUGUCAGUCUUUUGAAAGAGGCCAAGCCCAUAUCUGUGGAGACUUUCAAAGAUCCCGCUGACAUCCAAGGAAAGCCAGAUCUUCUGAAUGUGUCAACUUCAGAUUCCCUCCCAGUAGAAGAGAGGCAGUUGUUGGGACGCUACGGAGUGUGGCUUCUCGUUGGCUUGUGCACUCCCAACGAGGCAACCCCCAUAGAUAUUCUCGGAAGACUGCUAUCCAUGCUAUUCCAUUGGUUUGAUGUUACUUCAUACUCCUUCGAAGAUGAGAAGAACACCUUGGAGCGAUUGAAAAAGGAUUUUGUGUGUGGCUGGCUGGCCAACGUGUGCAGCUCCCACUUUCAGGUGUUCGUGUCAUGUCUGUUGCCACACCCGCCCGACUACGCUCGUGUCGGUGGACACUGGGAUACUUUGGUGUCUCGGACUAUCCAUCUUAAAGAAGGUUUAAACAGAAUGUUUUGCCUUGUGCCAUAUGACAUUAUAUCAUUGGAAAUAUGGGACUAUGUAAUGCCUCACUGGCUGGAAGCUAUGGUAAAUGAUGUCCCAGAGAAGGAACUAAACGAACUGAAAAUUUUAUUAAGUAAAAUUUUGGACUCCGAUAUGAGUCCCCUUGGCUUUGAUACCAAGAAAUUGUUCCGAUUUAUCACAGUCCGCUUCAAGAAAACGACAGCUAAAGUACAAGAACAAGCACUACACUGGCUUCAGGUGCUCUCAAUGCUGGGUAUUGUCAUCCCUCGUACUCUUCUGUUUUCAAUUUUUGGUGAAGGAGUCAAGGGAAUGAAAGCUGUAACAAAAGAGAGGCUAACAGCUGACAAACUUUCAAAGAAAGAAGAUGGUGCAAGAAAGAGUAGUAUAUCCCCAGUUGUGGAAGACGACUCUGGCAACACAUCGCCCUUGUCGGAUGAUGAGCUGCCCACCUCCCGGCACAUGGAGUUUGAAACUGACGCGGAGCUCAACCUGACCUGCUGUGUUCUCAUGCUGGAUGUGUUGCUGAAACAGCUGGAGCUGCAGGAGGUGGAGCGGCACGCAGGCAUCCACACUGCGCUGGCCCAGGACGUGUGCCGCCUGCUCAGGUUCAUGCUGUGCACGUCGUGGGUGGGCGUGCACACCUGCGCCACCAGCCCCGAGUGCCAGUUCUGCGAGACCUGCGUGGUGUGGCACCAGCUAGCUCUGGCCCUCGUCCAGAUGCUGUGUCCCGACCACCCCGUCAGUCCGCCCGAUCCACAGAUUGAUGAGCAAACAGAAGAAAAUCUCCAAACAUCCAAAAAUCCUCCAGAAUCAGAGAAGAAAGCCGAGACAAAACAGGAUUCAGUGAUCAACAUUGCAGAGGGUCACAGUGUAGGCGGAGUUCUGGCUCACAUGCCUCGAAUCAUGACGGUGACUGUUGACGCUGUCGCUGAGCAACUCGACCUCACUCCCAUCAUAACCUCCGAGAGUUACGUGUCUACCGUGGCCAACUCGGUCGUGGUGACGGACACCGAUGCUGGAAUGGCGACAGUGCAAGUAGCUCAGCCCCUGGUUCAAGGCGAGGUCAGCCAGUCGUCUAACGAAGGACAGGAUGGCUUCUGGCACACCUCGGUUGGCAAGUUCUGCUUUGCCCUUCAAGACCUCCCGGAGCAGUUGCAGUUCAUAUACCACUUGCUGAAGGAAAUGGUGGAAGCAGAUGAUCCAGAAAUACUUUACCAUAUGCUACAAUCCCUUAAUGUGCUGUGUUUGUACGGGGACACAUUAGCUAGUGCUGCAAAAGAACAGAGAGGGUUUCUCAUCUGGUGUCAAGAGAAUCUUCUCAUCAAGAACCUGUGGGAGCUGUGCGACGCAGAGCACUCGCACAUAUGUCAGGUGUGCGUGCCCCUGCUGUUGCACUGCAUCACACUCAGCUCCGGCUCCGACAUGUUCUGGAAGGUCGUGCAGGACGAGUUCCACAGCACCGACUGGCGCGACCGCUUCGUCGCAGUUGAGAGGGUGACGGUGAUCGCUCGGUUCAUGGACUCCACUCCGCUCCGGAGCAGCCACACGCUGCAAGCAGCGCUAGCCACUGCUUUCUGCUACCUCAUCUGCAGCAUGGACGACAUGGAUGUGCUGGUCGCCCAGAGAGCCACGCUCUACCUGGGGACCAUACAUGAUUCUGCCAUCAAGUCACUGAUUCUGUGCCUGGAAACACAGUUUGACCUGGUGAUUGUGGAUCGACCCAUGGUGCUACAGUCGCUAUACCAGCUGCACAACUGUCUGAGCGACAGGAAAAUUAUCACCUGGGAGUUCUUUCUGAACAGAUUUGAUGCACUGUUUCUGGAAGCUCAAAUAAGUUUGGAGAAGUCUGGUGAUGUUGCUUACAUGCGAGAUCUGCGCAACACUGAUCUCAGUAGUGAAGUGUUCAUUCGGAAACUGCACCGCGCCCACGAGGCCCUCUCCCAGCAGUCGGACGGCAGUGGUGGUGGUGGCAGCGGACCAGUCGGCGGUCCCCUGAGGACGCUGAGCGCCAGCUUCGGCCCCAAGUGGCCGUACAAGCGCACCAUGUCCGCCCCCGCUUCCAUCACCCCCAGGCAAGACGUGAAGCAAGGUAACAGCCGCUGCCGGCCCGGGGGACACGUCACCUCCUCUGUUCCGACUGCAGUUUGGCUUUGUUUGUUCUUGGUGGACGGCAGCAACAGGCAGCUGGUUGCUGAGAAGGAGAAAGUAUAUAACCGGCAGUAUUCUGCUCCCAUCCUGAAGAGGAAGAGCUCGCGGUUUGGCCUGGGUCAGUUGCUUGGCACAAUUCCUUCAAGUAACAGUAUGCCAGAUGGUCACAUUCACUCUCUCAACAUCAACUCUGGAGAAGACAGCAACAUGGUUGGCUUCCUGCACCGUGUCAUCGAACUUGAAGAAUCAGACCGCGAGACAAUGCAUCUGCUGGUGUUUCUUUUUAUUCAGUUCUUGUCGAGAUCAGAUCAGGCGUAUCCAAGUGAUGACAAAGCUCAAGCCAAAGUUCAAGCCAUAGUUCUUCAUCACCUUUACCUCCUGCUGGGGUACAACCAGAAUGAGCGUGGCUUCCACGUGCCGCCCCAGAAGUUGAGGACCUCCCCGGUGUUCAACGUGUUCGUCGCAAACCUGCCGCAGCUGCUGGACCAGAACCACCUGAUGGGGAAGAUGUUGCUGCCCACUUGUCUGAUCCUGCUGCAGUACUGCCCCUGCCCGCACCAGGGCUUCUCCCCGGACCAGCAGGCACCCGUGUACAGCCUGUGGUACCUCGAGUCCCACACCCGCCGCUGCUGGCUCAUGGCCGUGCUGGUGCUCCUGUACAAGUACCAGUACAACCAGCAGCCGUGCAGCGGCCAGGUGCAGUCGCUAGUGAAGAUUGUGCUGAACACGCUGGACGCACAACACCACCAGUGCAAUCACAUCCCGGCGACGCUGGUCAUGGGUGGCCCGCACGCUCGCUCCAGAGACGUGAGCCAGCCCUCGCUGGGGGGCGAGGCGGAACACAGUGGGGGUGGUGGGGGCGGAGCAGAUAAGUUUGAGACCCCUCCCUUGUCGCCACUGUACUCGGGAGACGGCAGCGCCCACGUGUCGGUGAGCACCAAGGGGGGCAAGAUGACGGCCAUGUUCCACCAGAAGUCCGGAGGCAGCAUGGAGACCCACUGGGAGGAGGAGGUGCAGUGUCCGCCCAGAACCAGCAAGCGCAUGCCGCAGACCAGUUUCUCCAUCGAUGCGGAUGAGACUGAGUCGGAGCUCGCUGCGAUUCCAGAGAGCCCCAGGUCCGACAGCACGCUUCACGGAACUGCUCAAGAUUCCUUUGAAGAGGGCACGAGCAUGGAGGAGGGACUCUCGGAAGCAAUAGCCCGCAGCCUAGCCCUGCGGGAGACGCCUCAACUGCGGCAGAUGGUGCGCACCACCAGCCAGGAGAGCGAACAGCGGCGGCCUGUGUGGUUCCUGGGCAGCGAGGAGGAUGCCGUGCAGACUUCAAAUGGCGAGAGUGAAGGAGAGAAAGCAUCGUCGUCGAGGUUGUCGACCAGCCUGCACACGUCUCGCGUGUCACACAGCAACUCACAGAGCAGCUCAGGUUCAGCUCGCCAGAAUGCUGCGAGUGCUGUGGAGACACACACGGAGAGGUGGCCGGACAACCACCAGCACGGGUCGCCGGUGCCCCGGCCGCUGGGCCGCCAGAAGCGGGUGGCGGAGCAGAGCUCCGUCCCGCCGCUCUCCCAGCACCUGCCGUGGCAGAUAGACCUGGGUCAGGCCAAGGCAGCGCCGCAGCUGGUGACGCCGGUCAUGGAGCGUCUCCUGCCGAUCGGCACGGCCGGCCUAGCUCUACGGAAUGCCCAGCAGCCCCUGAAACCAGAAGAAUCAUAUGGUUCCCCUGAAUCGCCACUUUCCAAGAUGGAUGUUAUGACAGUUGGCUCACCCGUGGAAUUGGAUAGUGAAAAUUUUUCGUCGGACGUGACUUCGACUUGCAGCAUGUCACAGUUGGAGAUGCCAAUGCAAGAGCGUCUUCUGCCAAUAGGAUCCAAGGAUUCAAAAACUGAGAUCUGCAACCUGGUAGACAAGGUACGACGAGCGCUUGGAGUGCCCGCGGUAGAAGAAACUGCAGCUGAUGCAGAGUAUCGACCAUCAACUCUCCCAGAACCUUCUUCAACAUCACCUACUGCAAACAAACACGAAAGUUACGGAGCACCGGAAGUGCGGCUGAUCACAGCACCCCAGAAGGAGGAAGUACUGUCUGGUCGAAGCAGCAGUCCACGCAGGCUAAUCAAGCAGGUCGCCCUCGACUCGUCUCCACCGCACAUGCAAGGAGACACUGAGGAGAGUCGCCCUGGCUUCUACAGGGCCGUGCACCAUGACAGGAAGCCUCCUGCAGUGAAGCAGGAGGAGCACAUCCGCAACCAAAGACAGAGAACCAAGAAAACUGGCUUGUUUACAAUUGGUCAACACCUGCUCACAGACUUCCCCCGCCAUCCAGGCUCAUGGUGCGGUCCACAGCACCAGCCGCUGCUGGACCCGGCCACCCAGCAAGCUUGUCACGCGGAGUUUGACCUGAAGCAGAGCUCCCUCCGGGUGGGCGAGGACUGCAUCAGCCAGAGAUGUUCUGAGUGUGGUACAAUCAAGGAGGAAUACAGCGACGAAGAACUUGCACUGUGCAUUAUUGUUCUCGGCACUUUCAUACACAGAGAGCCUGUGCUGGCUGCGCCCAUGCUGCCAGAUAUCCUUAGCAGUGUUGCCAGGAUAGCCCUAAAUGCCAGCUACCCUUGGCAGAAUGAAACAAACAUAUACCUACCAGGAGGAGCCAUUAGCGUGGCUCAGCAGUUCUUGCGCUGUGUUCUGCACCAGCUGGCUCCCAACGGAGUGUUCCUGCAGAUGUUCCAGACUGAGGUGGAAGAGAGCAGCCGAAUGCAGUUCUUCCGGAGCGUGGCUCAGGCGCUGCUGGACUUCAACGAGCUGAACCCGGUGGCACCCCUGCAGCUGCUGCUGGAGAGCCUGAACUCGAAGAAGAGCCUGCCAGUGGACACGCUGCCUGUCAUCAUCCACAACAUGGCGUGCUACCUGGAUUGCCUGCCCCUGGAGCAGGGCUACGCUGCCUGGCUGCUGCAGCUGGAGGCGUUGCUGCGACGCCUCUCUCUCACGCUGCACACCCUGCAGGAUGUGCUGCCCCUGCUGCGCAUCAUGGUGGCCGUGCUCAAGGUCCCUGGCAUCUCGCAGUUCAAGGGUCUUUUAGAGCCAUUUUCAAAGAUACUGAGCUAUGGAAUACAGAACUGUGUUUUGAAAUAUCAUUACUUGGUGGACUUAUGUUACUUAUGUGGCAAAGGUUUCACUCGUGAACGUGACAAACUCAUUUUAACUAGAAUGGUGGUAUUUGAAUUAGUUCAAGCAUUGAAAUUCAAAACUUCUAUUCCAGAUGCCAAUUUUUUGAUGCUCAUAAAUUUUAUUCUUCAGGAUGUUGGUGGCACACUGCCAUCUCACGUCAUGAUGCAAGAUAUAUCGUCUCUGGUCUCGGAGGGGAUGCCUGUCUUCAGCACCAAUGCUUCAGAGUGCAUGAAGCAACACUUGCCAGAUCUGGUGGAGUUUCUGAUAGAUUUUCAUGCGCUCACCAAGAUCAAGAGUUACAGUAAGGGACCAGUGGUUGGACUGAAUGAAGACACACUAGGUGGUGUUCUAAAAAGUGGGGUUGCUCAGUAUCUUGCAUUGGAAAUUACUCGUGGUAACAGCAGAGAUAAUCGGGCAAUUGCAAGAUACCUCCCGUGGCUUUAUAAUUCAACUUCAACUUUGCAGCAAGGGCCGAGGGAGCUCCAGGACUGCGUGGGCCACAUGCGGCUGCUGUCGUGGCUCCUGCUGGGCUCCCUGCAGCACACCGCGCAGCAAGGAGGCCACGCCCACUGCCAGCCGGUGCCCCAGGAGGCCUCCUGCCACAUCACGGACCACGUGCAGGUCGUGCUGGCCGGGUUCACGGCCUCCGUGCUGCACACGCCCGUGCUCUUCCAUGUCUUCCUUCUCUGCCAGCUGUGGACCAUCUAUCUGGAACAGAGUGCAUCUGUGAACCCUCCCAACAGCGAUGCUCAUACCAUCACGAUGGGCAUCAUGCUGGACUUCUGGGGGAAAGUCACACCCUGUGUUCUGCAGUUGAUAUCUCACUCCAAGAUGCUUGCAGAGAUGGUGAACUUGCACUUCAUCGGUCUGCUGGAAGCACUUCUUGAAUGCAACUCCACUGCUCUCGGCAAGUUGAUGCCUGUGUGGAAUCCUGUGUUCUUUGCCCACAACGCUCAGCUGCCCAGACACCUGCAGAUACGACUGCAGACGUGCCUCGACUUCGCCCCAGUGGCUCCCGCCACCAGCCACCAGCAGCACGGCACUGCCAACACCGUGCUGAUGCGCUGGCUGCAGCGCCUACAGUUCAAGAUGGCUCAGAUGGAGAUGCAGUCUUCCUCCCCCACCCAGUUCUUAGUCAUCUGAGCAUCAUUAGUCUCUUGAGAUGUACAGUGAGAAAAAAUAUUAAUAAUAGUAAUAAAUGGCAAGCCUCGUAAAUGUCAA